AUGAGCUCCAGCAAUAAACCGGCGCAAGGUCGAAAAUUACAUUUUAAACAGAACGAUUUUCUGUCCAACAUUAAGCGUUAUAAAAACACUUUUAAAGGCGAGAUUCAGUGGUGUAAUAACCUUUCCUUAAACGACUGGAAGACACAUUAUUUACAAAUUACUCCUGCAGGUUCAUUGACUCAUUCAAUUGAUGAGUUAACAACAGAUUCUACUAACAUUCAUCCAAUCAUCAAACAUUUACAGGAAUGUCGGAUUGAGAUUAUCAAGGAUAAGCAGUCCCCUUUUGAAGAUGUUAAAGCAAACUGCAACUUUAUAAUUCAAGUGAGAGUUUUAGGCAAAGGCAAUAAAGUGUACCUCCGAGUUAGAAAUUGGAAUGAAUUCAAGAAAUUGCUAACGUGUUUGAUCUGGUGGAGCUCGAUGAAGACCAACGGUAUAUUUAACAAAUUUCAAGUAUCAGCACCUCAUGAAUUGAAGAAGAGGAAAAUGGGGAAAGCAGAAAGUCUGUUGGUUUAUAAGUUAAAUGUUUUUGGUCCCAUGGUUAAAAAUAUUGCUCUUCCGCCGGCAACGAAUUCUUUAGAUAACCCUAACAUAAAUAACAAUGAUAGCAACGGGGUAGGCUGGUUUUCAGCUAUGGGGGUAUUAAAAUCAGAUGGAGUGUUAGAUCUUCUUUCUCAAAGUGAUGGUUCACUCAUCUACUCGUUAGAUAUUAACCAGUUCUUAAAAUCAGAGGUAAGAAUUUUAGAUUCAUCUGUUCUACGAAAUGAUAAUUGCUUGUUUUUAGGUGAGUUGCCGUUAUUAAGAAAUCAUUUGAACCUUGAAAACUAUCGCAUAGAUAAUAUCAGUAGUACUACCAAUAACUUUAGUGAUUUUCCCCAAGAAAUUGUUAUCGAAUUUCCCUUAAGAAUAGACUUGGAGGACUGUUUUGUCGCAUUACAAUCAUACGCUAGGUCAGAAUAUUUAUCUAUCACUGGCUCAGACAAAUCAAAUGAUAUGAGAAUUUCGAAUAACUUCAAAAUAUCCCUUCUGGAGGCUAACUUUCAGUCAAUCAAUUUGAAUGACAAGAACAAUACCCCUUGGUCAAUAUUCACUGACGUAACAGCCUGGGGUCAUACGUGGGCAAGAACUUCCAUGGUUUCAAAUUCCCCUAAUCCAUUUUGGAGAGAGGAGUUCGAAUUCAAUGAACUUUUAAGACUCACUAAUUUCUAUCUGGAAAUUAAGCAGUUAUUCCACGAUCCCAAUAAUAAAAAACGCUUACGGUUGAUUGGUAAAAUAAAGAUUACACAAGAAAUAGUAAACGAUACCAAAUAUAAUAAGGAAACAAGAUUGCCCAUAAUGGACGUUGACAAUGAACAUUUUCAAAUUGGGACUAUUUGUAUCAAAAUCUCUUCAAAGUUGAACUUUAUUUUGCCUUCAACGAAUUUUAUUAAGUUGGAGAAACUUCUGCUGAACGCAAAUUUGUCCAUGGUUUCAAAUCUAAUAUACAAAUCUUCUUCAUCAAUGGAGAAUGAUAACAAAUUGACACAACUAUCUAUAAUUUUUCUUGAUAUAUUCCAAUCUUUAUCAAGAGUAGAAGAGUGGUUCCAUGUCCUUAUAGACAAAGAGUUGGCUAAAAUAGAUGGGACAGUUUCAAGGAUAAAUCAGAAAAAUUUAGACUCAAAGCAUAUUUUCAACAGCUUAUUCCGUGGGAACUCUAUUUUAACAAAAUCAACUGAACAGUACUUUUUCAGAGUGGGUAAUGAGUAUUUGAAUAAAGCGCUUAGUGGGAUUUUGAAGGAUAUCAUUGAGUCAAAGAAAUCAUGUGAAUUGGAUCCCGCCAGGAUAAAAGAAAAAGAUGAAGCAAAAAAGAGAAAAAUAAUAGACGACAAUCACAAAAGGUUGUGUUCUUGGGUUACUAAAAUUUGGAAAAGACUUUAUGCAACCAGUAACGACUUACCUAUUGAAAUUAAAAAUGUUUUGAAAAUUUUCAGGCAAAGGCUAGAGAUAAUUUGUAUCGAUGAAACUUUGCAAGUAAUAUUAAAUGGUAUAUCGGGACUGCUGUUUUUAAGAUUUUUCUGUCCAGUAAUAUUGAACCCAAAACUAUUCAAAUAUGUUUCUCAGAAUUUAAAUGAAAUGUCAAGAAGAAACCUCACCCUGAUAAGUAAAGUUUUGCUUAAUUUGUCCACAUUGACACAGUUUGCAAAUAAAGAGCCUUGGCUAAUGAAGAUGAAUAACUUUAUUGAUAGGAAACAUAACAACUUGUUGGAUUAUAUUGAUAAAAUGACACACAAGAAACUGGAUUUUAACGCUAAGAUAUUGAACCUAAGCUCUACCAUCUCUAGACCCAAACUGGCCAUUGAUCUUACAAUUUUGAACGAUUUACCCCAGAUUCCCUAUCUGAUUGAUAAGAAUUUGAGAGAGACUGAGUUUAUUAAUCUGAUUGUCAACCUCAGUCAGGAAAGUCAGAUCAAGAUGGCAAAAUAUCACCAUAUAGACAAUGGCGGAAAGCGAGAUCCAACGGGUGAAAAUGCUCUGUCAAACAGUGGUGGUAUAAAUUUGUCGAUAGAUAAGAAGGAUUUGGAUUCACCAGUUGACGUCAAACCAGAAAUUGGCGAGCUAGAAUUUGAAAAAAUAACUGAAAACAACACAGAAAUUUUCGGAGACGAUCUAAUGAACUUACUAAAGAGUGAUGAUGUGGGGCCCAAGAAGAAAAGCCUGGACAAUACCGCUAAUACCAACGUCAAAUUCACUUCCACAUUUACGAAAGCAGAAGAGGAAAGACGUAUGAUGGAAGACCUGGAACAAGAAUCCUGUUUGCUUUAUAAUAAGAUUGAUCAUAUUACGAAACGAUUAUCAGAUUACGAGUGUGCUUCUAGUUGUUUGUUCGAAGACAAAAAAUAUUCUCUUUCACUCUCUCAUAAAAUCUUUUAUGAAGAAAUAGAAGAGGGAAAAGGAAUUGCCCUUAAGCUAUUGAUUAACCCGACAGGUGGGAACGUGUCUGUAGGAUUACAGAAAUUUUUUGCAAAAGGUGCUUCUAGUAAAUCCAAUAGCAGUAUUGGAGAUAGUUUCAGUACUUUUUUGAGUAUUGAUAUAAAUGAUGAGGGUGCGAAAGGUAGGGGUAAAUCAACAUUACACGGAACAUCACCGGACAGCGGAGUCAAAGACGAUUACUCGAUACAUUUAAAUUCCCAAGGCAAAGGUAAUUUGGGUAAUAGAUUUUCUCCCACAAAGUUAUCAAGGAUAAUGAGAAAACCUCCCAGUGCAGGUGAGCCUAAAGAACAAAACUCCAGCAAGUUGACAAGAUGGUUUAAAAAGAAAAAAGAAACUGAGGGGACCUGA